AACAACCGAACCGACUUCACGUCAUCUGGACCGAAUCAAAAAGCGUGAAUCCUCCUUCCUUUCAUGACAAAAAUUAUUGAAGUGCGCAAAAAAAUUAAUUUUUUGCUAGUUUUCCCUGCGUGAGAGGCAAGGAAGGAUCUUAGACGGUAGCUCAGAGCAUAGCCCGCGUUAGAAAAUAUAUUCGAUCGAUCGGUUUUAAAAGUUGCGCUAUCAGCUACAUUGCAGUCUUGAGGAGUCAGCGGAUUGAAGAAAUCCAUUUCAUCUUCAUGAUUCAUCUGGAAGCGUGAUAUUUGUACAGCUAGUGAAAAAUGUCGACUGCAACCGUGAGAGAAAAUGUUGAUCUGGAAUGUUUUCUGGUGACGAAGCAUUCCUGGAAAGGCAAAUAUAAACGAAUCCUCUCGAUUGGCACCACCGGUGUUGCAACUUACAAUCCGGAGAAAUUCGACCAGACAAACAGGUGGCAGUACAACGAAGUGUUCAGCGCUCUACCCAACAAAUAUGGAAACACAACUAAUGAGUUUGCUCUGAACCUGCGAAAGGACAAAAAACUAGAUACCAUCAAAUUUUCAUCUGAAUUUCGUAACGAAAUUUUGACAACUCUGCUGAAGAACUACAAAGAGUUUGCAGAUAAACCGAAGCAAAUUCUGGAUGACGUAGAAUAUCCUACUGAGUCCUAUCAAAGUACUUCGUGGGCUUCUAGUGUUAGGUUAAAUAGUUGGAUUAGGAUCCUAAUGUCGUCGCUGCUGCUACGGCCUAACGUCAGCAAAAGCUUACCGUGCUGUACACUCGAAUCCCAUAAAUUUGAUGCAUUCAAACACCAUUGGUCAGGAACAACACUGCCUGCAGUUCUGGAAGUGACACCAUGUUCACUAGACCAGUUGGAUCCAACAACGAACACGGUAGUGGCCAGUUACAACUUUAAGGACAUCGAUGGCAUUAUUGGAAUACAGGAUUAUAACGAUGGCAUUGUAGUGGCAUAUGGUGGCCACAGUCGGCUUCAUCUGUUCCGUGUUUCCAAUCAUCACGAUGUGGUACAAAUGAUUGUCAAUAAUGCCCAACAUUAUCUCAGUAUUGAAAUCAAGGUAUUGAAGAACCAAAUAACACUCGACCAAUUUGAGCGGCAGCGUUUCGGGGCAUUCAGUGGUGAUCAACACCAGACAUCUCUAUCGGAAUUUACCGUCCAGAAAAUAACGCCAAGACAUUCGGAACCCAUGCGUCGUAUUUUGUGCUUAACUGAUUCGACCAUUUUGGAACGAGAUCCACAAACUUACAGCAUUUGCACACUUAGACCGUUGAUCGAAGUAUUUGCGCUGGUUAGAUAUGACGAAAAUAUUCAAAAAUUUUCCAUAGAAUACAAAAACGGCUUGAUCAGGACGUAUAUCACGAAUGACAGAGACUCACUUCUAGCAACUUUGCUUGAUUCCGUAAGAUCGUGUGGAAACCAAGAUGUACACGUACGCAUUUCAAAAACACCCCGUGGUCGACGUGUAGGUCCUCUAACUGUGUCCGUCGAUGAAGAAACCGAAGCAAACCUUUUACGCUACAUUAUCAGUUGUUACCAAUAUCCGGUAAAGCGGUUCGAUGUGCUGGAACGUUUCAAUGCUAACAUCCCGUACAGUGGACUGAAUUAUAGCGUUACACAAGAUAGUUUGUUUUCCGAAAACAAAGAACGUUUAAUAACUGGAGCCUUGCAAGCUUUGAUAGGGGCUGGCUCCAAAGAAGAUUUGACGCAGCUGAACAAUGCUGAAUUGGAAGCGUCGUUCCACGUAUUACGGCGGUUGCUAGCUAGUAAAGUUGGAUUUGCAGCUUUCACGAAUUUAGCGGGAUUUCGCGAAGCCAUUGGAGUGCGAGUUGUCCAUGCACUAAAGCGAAACAACCUAGCCAUAACAUACGCUGCAAUCGAUAUGAUUAAUGCUUUGAUGCACCCGAUGCAUGCCGAAUAUGAUCUUAAGCAAGAGCAACUGAAUAAAUCAUCUCUGUUACAUUCCAAAGGUUUUCUUGAACAAUUGCUGGACAUGUGGACGAAACAUGUGAAUCUGGGUUCAGGAGCCUUAGUUCUUUCUGCGAUGUUGGACUUUCUGACAUUCGCAUUGUGCGUCCCUUAUAGUGAAACAACAGACGGCAAACAAUUCGACAUGUUGUUAGAAAUGGUGGCUAGCCGCGGACGAACAUUGUAUAAGCUUUUUCAACAUCCUUCAUUGGCCAUCGUCAAAGGCAGUGGAUUAGUGAUGAAAGCACUAAUCGAAGAGGGUGACGCUGCUAUUUCACGUAAAAUGCAAACUCUCGCGCUAGAUGAAGCUGCCUUAUGCCAUCACUUGCUCGUUGCUCUUUACACGCCUUCCCAUGAUUCAACUAUGGUUACUCUGCGUCAACUUUCAAGACAUCUUGUAGGGCUUUGGAUGAUCGAUAGUCCUGAAGCAAUGUCUUUAUUCAAGAGAAUUUUCCCUGCCGGACUGCUAUCGUUCAUAGAAAGCGAAGAUCCAGUGCCUAAAGAUGAUAUCGAAGAUGAUAAACUGAAUUUCCGUGACAACCUAAAAUUAGCAGUGCAACACUCUGGAAGAACAAAACGCCUAAACUAUCUGAUCGAAAAGCACCUGGAGGGUAUAAAACAUUGGGGUUUGAAUUUAAUUGACCGACAAGAGAAAAUUCAACAAUCACAGAAAAAUCGUCCAAUCGUUUUGCGCAAUCGCCGUCAGAAAAAGAAAACUAAUGACGAUGUAGUUAAUCUGCCAUUGUUUUUCUAUCAGUUUAAUAAAAAUCACGCCAUGCCAAAUUUAAUUUGGAACCACAAAACUCGAGAAGAGCUACGCGUUGCUUUGGAGAACGAAAUUCGCCAGUUUAAUGCCGACAAAGAUCUUGCUGGCAAUAUACUGGUGGCGUGGAAUUAUGAUGAGUUUGAAGUGCAUUACCAGUGCUUGGCGGAUGAAAUCAAGAUCGGUGACUAUUACAUUCGAUUGUUGUUGGAAAGAGACGAUUGGCCACAAAAUUUAGUGAAAAAUCCAACCGAGUUAUUCAACGCUCUCUACCGAAGAGUGUUGUGCCGCAACCGAUUGAACGAUGAUCAGUUAACGGUGACAUCUUUGCAGGCACUGGCUAAAGUUUAUAGGCGAUACUAUGAAGAUAUAGGAUACUUCAGUGAUAUGACUUACAUAUUGCAAAUGUUAGAUCGGUGUUUAUCUCCAGCUCUUCGAGAUGCUUUGAUUGGACUGGUAAAGAAUCUAGUGUUGCAUAAAUCUAACUGCCGUUCGCUAGUGGAACACGUCAAUUGUUUGGUAGAUCUCAUAACGUUGGCACAUUUGCACACUGGACGGGCAAUGCCAAACACGAAAACAAAUGUUAUUGAGGCCGGACCAAACAUGAAAAUGCACGAAGAAAAGGAUUGGUACUACAAUGUGGAACGGGAAAACGAAAAACCGGAACGAUGUGGACCAGUAACAUUUUCGGAAUUGAAAAACUUAUGGAAUAAAAAUGUACUGACAGCUCGUACGCGAUGUUGGGCAGUUGGAAUGGAUGGUUGGCGCUCUCUGCAGCAAAUUCCUCAGCUAAAAUGGUGUCUCAUGGCUAAAGGAUCUCCGCUUUAUAACGAAACCGAGUUAGCACAACAUGUGUUAGACGUGUUGAUAAAAUGCACGAGUUUUUUCCCCAGUCGAGCACGUGAUGGUGAAGCUGUGCUUAUUCCAGGGCCUAGGUUAUCGCGUAAACUAUCCGAGUUUAUCUGUCUGCCACAUAUUGUUCAAGUAUGCCUUACGCAUGAUCCGGGUUUGGUCGAACGAGUUGCAUCACUGCUCUGUCAAAUCAUGGAAGAUAAUCCAGAGAUGUCAAAAGUAUAUCUCACUGGUGUUUUUUAUUUCAUGCUAAUGUACACGGGUAGCAAUAUACUGCCCAUUGCAAGGUUUCUUAAAAUGACUCACAUGAAACAAGCCUUUCGUAGCGAAGAAACGUCAUCUCAAUCCGGUAUCAUGCACCGCAGCAUUUUAGGCCAACUUCUGCCAGAGGCAAUGGUAUGCUUUCUUGAAAACCACAGCGCUGAAAAAUUUGCUGAAACUUUCUUAGGCGAAUUCGACACUCCCGAAGUGAUUUGGAGUUCAGAGAUGCGUCGUAUGUUAAUUGAAAAAAUAUCUGGACAUAUUGCUGAUUUCACACCGAAAUUGAAAGGUCACACCAUGGCUCGGUAUCCUUAUUUAGCUAUUCCGGUAAUAAGCUAUCCACAGCUGGAAAACGAACUGUUUUGUCAUAUAUUUUACUUACGACAUUUAUGUGAUACGCGCAAAUUUCCCAAUUGGCCAAUUCCUGACCCCGUUCAAUUAUUAAAGCAUACAUUGGAUGCAUGGCGAAAAGAAGUCGAAAAGAAACCUUCGUCGAUGACUGUUAACCAAGCAUAUGAAGACUUGUGUAUUGACUUGAACAAAAUACCUCAACCGGAUGAAUCUAUUAUUCGGAAAAGUUACUAUAAACUUGCUCAGAUUUAUCAUCCCGAUAAAAACCCUAAAGGACGAGAAAUUUUUGAACGCGUCAAUCGAGCUUAUGAGUUUCUAUGUUCCCGUCGAGGAAGCAGCGAUGGACCGAACCCUAGCAAUAUCGUCCUUAUCUUGCGCACCCAAAGCAUUCUGUUUGAUCGAUAUUCUGAAGUACUGCGUCCUUACAAAUAUGCCGGUUAUCCUCAGCUUAUCAAAACAAUUCGCCUGGAAACGAAGGAUGAUCAAUUGUUUUCAAAAACAGUGCCACUUUUGAGUGCGGCAUGUGAACUGUGCUAUCACACGGUGCAUUGUUCUGCACUGAACGCCGAGGAACUUCGUCGAGAAGAAGGUAUUGAAGCACUACUGGAGGCUUAUUCACGAUGUGUGUCGGUAAUGGGUGCUGAUUCGCAGCGUGAUUCGUUGCAUUAUGAGGUUAUCUCAAACAUCACGAGGUGCUUCGAGGUAGCGUGUUGCUUUGAAAGUUGCCGCAAAAAAAUACUUGAACUUCCUCAACUUAUUGUGGAUGUUUGUCGAGUUGUGUACUUCAAACACACACUCUCAGUCAGUUUGGUUACAAGUUUGGCAAUCAACAACUACGAUCUGCAAUGCAAUCUCGUAAGGAAUGGAGUACUGUGGUCACUUAUGAUCUUUUUAUUCGAUUAUGAUUACACGCUCGAUGAAAGCGGUGUUUCAACAGAUGAAAAGUCAAACAGCCAACAAGUAUCGAACAAUCUGGCUAAACUUUCAUUGUUGGCUUGUGUUGCUUUAGCCGGCUACCACAUGACUCUGUUGGAUGAUCCAAAAGAAGCUCUUAUGCAAGCUCCGUCAAAAUCAAAUCCCACAUCCAGAAGUGAUUCUCCGCAGCAACAACAAUCACUAACGGUAGCAACUCGUAGUAACUCAUUAACUCCAUCACAAACUUAUUCGCAAAAUGCCUCCAAUCUGAUCCAAAACAAUUCAAGUCUGAUCCAAGCGGCAACAACCAUCGAUAAGACACGGCAAGAUAAAUCAGAAUCUCAAUCUCUUACGGAAUCUGAUGAACCUGCCGACUAUGAGAAAGGGCUAAGCAGUAAGAAGUAUAAAAUAUCAACAGCUGCACCAGCCAAUGCGAUCGUUAAGAAAAUGUUAGAUCAACUUUUAACGACGUUUGUCGCUAACAAAAUGGUAACUGAUAGCGACUGUGAUGUUUUGAAACUACUCAACUCCAAUUCACGCAAUCCGUACCUCAUUUGGGACAACGGGACCCGUGCUCAGCUGAUGGAUUUCCUUGAAUUCCAACGUACGAAUGCGUCCAAAGAACAGUACGAAGAUGUCUCUGACAUUUAUGAAGUGGUUAAAACAUUCUCAUUCGAUGCUCACAGGGAUGAGCUGAAAAUUGGCGGCAUUUUCAUUCGAAUUUAUAACGAGAUGCCAACGUUUCCAAUAGCCAAUCCGAAAACAUUUGUGAUCGAUUUGCUUGAGUUCCUUAAACAAGCUUUCAACCAUUUGACAGCGCAAGUCUCUAACACCAUCCCGUCACCUAGUGGCAAUUUAACCAAUAGUCAAGGUAUCUUAAUUCCCACCAAAGCUUGGAAACCGUUAGUUCCAGCAAAGAAUGGCAACGGAUCGAACAACAAUAACAAUAAUGCCGCUGGCCAAUCAAACGUAAACACCGUACUAAGCGAAUAUAAUCGAGCAAAACAAAGAAGUCAAUUAGCCAAACCAGAUCAAGAAACAUCAUCUAAAAUUUAUGAUUUCACGUCAGACGCGAAUGCAAUCAACCAUAUUGUCAUGGUAUUUAAAGCACUGAUAUCGGUUAUCAAAUCUAAUAGCAAUGUUGAGAUUCAAUGCAUAGGACAUUUUGAAAUGUUGUUUGGAUUUUUGUCGUCAAAUUUGUGCGAUCGCGAUAAGAUUUUGAAGUCGUUGGCACUUGAAGUGGUGUGCUUGGUGUCAAGAAAUAAAGAAUGCGUAACGGAGAUUUCAGCGUGCGAAAUAUUUGGCCUUUAUCUGGUUACCUUAAAAGACAAAGACCUACGAGACGUACAGCUAAAGGUUUUGGAAACUCUGUCUGGACUUUUAAAUGUUCCAAAAAUGAUUAAAGAAGGUCACGCAAAGGGAGCUGUCAUUUAUUUGCUGGACCUUUUCUGCAAUUCUAAUAAUCCUCAAAUAAGGGAAUGCUGUGCGGAACUUUUGUCGAAAAUGAACGCUGAUAAACUUAGCGGACCAAAGAUUCGCAUCACGGUAUGCAAGUAUUUGCCACCAGUAUUCCUCGAUGCUAUGAUUGAUUCUCCAUCGGUUGCAGUUCAAAUGUAUGAAUCGACCCAUGAACAUCCGGAACUGAUAUGGAAUGAUCGGAUACGGACUAGUGUGUCCGAUGCUGUUCAUGAUAUGGCCGACAGUUUUCACGCUCAACAGAAGCAAAAUCCAAAAACAAAUUGGCGCGACCCGGAUGUUCUACCGGAAAUAAUAUCGAGCGAGCUGGUUGUUUCCGGAGUUUACCUGAGAUUAUACAUUUCAAACCCAGGGUGGACUUUGCGCAAGCCAAAACAGUUUUUGUCGGAUUUACUCGAUUUUAUAGUGGAAAAUAUUAGCAAAAAUGGAGUGGACAAAAAUUUGCUUGAUAUUUCAACGACUGCACUAGUUUUACUUUUGAAUGCCCAACCUACUUUAGCCGACUCCGUUCCAGUGCUGGGUCACAUUCCAAAAUUUUUCCGCCAGUUAUCAGUGCAACCAAAAAGUGCAUUGGCAGUGCUGCAUCAAUUAUCACUUUCGGAGAUCUGUGUAAGUGCGAUCUCACAAACUGAUUGCAUAUUGUCGCUAAAAUCUUGCAUGGAGAAUCACCGAGAAUUGGUUGCCACAGCUUGCGAAACGCUGAGUAGAUUGUUCAAAUGCCAACAUGACUCCUUAAUACGGCAAUCACUUGAAUGCCAAUUAAUUCCGUACCUGUUAGCACUCUUGGAAAGUCGCAUUGAAGCCACUACGAACCCCGCAAUGGUAAAGGCACAAAUUGUUGCUGCCCUCAAAGCCAUGACAUCCAAUCUAACCUAUGGAGAUAGGGUGGCACAUAUACUGAAUCAGAAUCCUGUAUGGGCCGAAUAUCGCGAUCAGAAACACGAUCUAUUUAUAACGGAUUCAAACGUGCAAGGUUACUUGACAGGUGCUCCUAACACCACUGCAGGCUACCUAACUCAGGGACCGACUAAAAACAUUGAGGUUCUAACAUCACCACCACCGAUCGAUCGGGAUGAUCCUUUGUUCGCCCGUAGUGCUAGUAACGACUCGUAAUAAUAAACAACGUUCGUCCAGACACGUGGUGUGAUUCAAGUGCGCAUGCAUGCCGCCAAGACAGGAGAUCAACUGAAAACCCCAGGGUAGCCAUUUCAUCAUACUAUUUGUACUUUGUAAAUGAACUGAUAAACAUAUUACCUAGUUAGUUAGAUCCCAUCACACCCAACCUAUUAUAAAAGUAAAACCAACCCUACUAUCUGAAUCGAACUUGCACGAAAUUUCCCGUGCAAUCAAUUAAGAAAAAAAAACUUCUCACUCGUCACGAUCAAACGACACCAGUAAAUAGCUUACAAAGUAUAACUGUAAAAGAACAAAAUCGUAAAUAUGGAGAUCAUGAUUUUUAAUAUAAUGUGAUAUUUUUAAAGUGUAAUAUAUUAAUAUGAAGUAACUGUAACUUCAGAACAAUAAAUGGAAAUAAAAUAAAGAAAUAAUUAUUAUUGAUUA